AUGAAUUCUAAAAUUAAAGGUAUAACGGAUGAUAUAACAUCAAUUCCACCAGAAGAACAGAGAUAUUACGCAUUAAAUGCAUUUCCUAAAGUUUUGAAGAUUGGAAGAUUUAAUUUAAAUGAGGAAUUCAUAGAAGGUUUCCUAAAUGACAUAAUGAAGAAGGUGGAUAAGGAAUAUGUGGAUAGUGAGUUAAUGAAGAAAGCAGAUAAGGAAUAUGUGGAUAGUGAAUUAAAUAAGAAGGCAAAUUUGGUUUAUGUUGAUGAAAAAGAUAAUGAAAUUAAAGAAAAGGUUGAAUGGUAUCAUGAAUGGACAUUGGAGACUUUUAAAGUUAAAGCUGAUACAGAAUGGGUUUCAGGAUGUUUAGACCUUAAAGCAGAUAAAACAUAUGUUAACAAUGAGUUAAUGAAGAAAGCAGAUAAGGAAAAAGUUAUUUCAUUCAUUAAUACUGAGUUAGCAAAGAAAGCUGAUAUAUCAUUUGUUAAUGAAGAAAUAAAACAAUCAGAGGUCUAUUUUACUCCACCAUUUUUAAAUUUUAUGAAAUCAUCAGAUAAAACCUUUGAUAUAGAUUCUUUUGAAUGGAUAUGUUUCGAUGGAGUGACCAUGUAUUUAUUUUAUACAGCUGGAGUGCUUUAUUAUUUUAAAACAAAUGAUUUUAAAAACUAUGAAUCAUUUACUCCAUCUGUUUGGAAUCCUGAUACACGAAAGCCAAUCAUUAAUCCAAGAAUUUUAUAUGUUGAAUAUAAUAACGGUAAAUUUAUGGGAAUGAUAACGGUUGGAGAUGAUUUUUGCCCUUGUUAUUCAUUCGAUUGUAUCCAAUGGUUCAAAUGUAAUUUAAAUCAAGAUGCUAAAUUUAAAUAUCCAAAUAAUCCUAUUAGAUGCGUUAAUAAUAAAUGGGUACUAAUUUAUGAAGUCAAUCAAAUUUUCAUUAGUGAGGAUGGGAUAAAUUAUUAUAUGUUUAGUAUGAUGUCAUCAGAUUUGGAAAUUGUUAUACAA